UUUGCAGUUGCAAUUGUUUAAAAUGAGAUUAUACAAAAUAAAUUAUUAACUUCAACUGUUCUAUAUGAUACACAACACGAAACAAUUCACAGAGUAAAUGAUUGACAGGAAUCACUGCCACUCCACCGAGAUUUUCAGCAAAAGCUUCGUAUGUAGCCGAAGUGUACAGAGUAACUGCAUGCAUCAUGUUGGGCUCCUUAAUUCUUUUAGGGAUUUGCGUCUUCCUAUUUUUCCACUUAAUCGGCAUCCACAGGCCCAAGAACUUCCCACCCGGGCCAUGGCCGCUGCCCGUAUUCGGCAACCUUUUACAACUAAAUCUCAACAAUCCUCUGAACGACUUCAAACUGCUGGCUGAGCGUUAUGGGAGCAUUUACAGCCUGUAUCUCGGGCGCAAUCCUGUUGUUGUUCUCAAUGGUAUAAAAGCUAUUAAAGAAGCUCUGGUGACUAAAUCUGCAGACUUUUCAGGACGCCCACAAGAUUUGCUAACCAGCCAUAUAACUGAAAGGAAAGGAAUCCUAAUGACUGAUUACGGUCCUGCAUGGAAGGAGCACAGGCGCUUUGCGCUUAUGUCUUUAAGGAACUUCGGUUUGGGGAAACAGUCGAUGGAGAAGAGGAUUCUGGGGGAAAUUGAACACCUUGUUGGAAAAUUGAAGAAACAUUCUGGAAGCUCCUUGAAUCCUCAGACUUUGUUCCACAACGCAGCAUCAAACAUCAUCUCCCUUGUUUUGUUUGGCACUCGCUAUGACUAUGACGAUGAAACCCUUAAACAAUAUAUCGCGUUGUUUACUGAAAAUAAUAAGAUUAUUAAUGGACCGUGGUCAAUUAUCUAUGAUACAUUUCCGUUGGUUAGAUUCCUGCCUCUUCCCUUUAUGAAGGUUUUUAAAAACACCCACUUACUAAAAACAAUAACAAUUGCCUUACUCAACAAGCACAAGGAAACAAGAGUCCCAGGAAAACCAAGAGACUUUGUUGACUGCUAUCUGGAUGAGCAGGACAAGAAAGAAAAUGGAUCCACCUUCGAUGAAAUGCAGCUCAUAAUGUAUAUUUUAGUCCUGCAUUCAGCUGGGACUGAUACCUCGUCCAACACCCUCCUUACGGCUUUCCUCUACCUCAUGGUUUUUCCAGACAUCCAGGAAAAAUGCCAGCAGGAGAUUGAUGACGUUCUGCAGGGAAAAGCUGAGGUAUCUUUCGAGGACAGACACAACAUGCCGUACACCCAGGCAGUGAUCCAUGAGUCUCAGCGCAUCGCCAACACUGUCCCUCUGAGUGUGUUCCACCUUACCUCAAGAGAUACUGAACUGAUGGGCUACAACAUUCCAAAGGGAACUAUUAUCAUCCCAAACCUGUCCUCAGUGCUGAGUGAGGAAGGCCAGUGGAAGUUUCCUCAUGAGUUUAACCCAUCAAACUUCCUCAAUGAGCACGGGCAGUUUGAGAAACCAGAGGCCUUCAUACCCUUUUCUGCUGGACCUCGUGUGUGUUUGGGUGAAGGUCUGGCUCGCACUGAGCUCUUCCUCAUUUUGGUCACGCUGCUGCGCCACUUCCGGUUCGUUUGGCCUAAAGAUGCAGGAGAACCAGAUUUCACUCCUGUGUUUGGAAUCACAAUUGCACCCAAACCGUACAGGAUGGGAGUCAGGCUCAGACAUCCAGCUAGAGAAAUGACUUCACAAUAAACAUUAAUAAAGGAUCCAAAAUGUAAUAUGGAGACAGACGUUG